AUGCGUUUCCUACCAAUUCUCGCCGUCUCCAGUUCGCUCUUCCUACUCGGAUUCUCCCUACCCGCGCCACAACCUACCGACAAUCCAUCCUGUGAAACCCUGAUUUCUCAGAUAAAGCCCCUCCAGAAUGAGGUCGCAGAAUCACUUGCUGCCAUCGUUAAAGUUCUCACACCUCAAGAGAGAUCUCUGGACAACCCAGCCGCCACGACCGAGUAUAUCACGAAUGCCCGCGAUGCGGUUGCGAACCUGGGCCAAAACUUCGUGAGCUCUGAAGGGGAGGAGAGCAGACGCGCCGCCGGUAGUGAAUACCGCAAACGCCAACAGGAAUCUGAUUGCGGGGGCCACGCAGAACUGAAAGGUCUUGUAGAAAACCUGCAGGAUAGCGUUAAGUCUAUUGAGGAUCUAGUUGCUGGGAGAUCCUAG